AUGUCUGAUAGUAUUAAAGAAUUGUGUAAGAAGUACGAAGAAAAUGUGGCGGAACCGCACGCAAGGAGCAUUGGGUUAUUUCCAAUCCCUGAAUACCCGGAGUUCGAAGCGGAGCGAGGCAUGUGGUCUACCGCGCUCGACGCAAUCCUCACGACCCUGCGUUACUUGGCGCCGGCUACACUACUCACCUUACUGUGGAGCCAACAGAGCUUCAUCUUUAAGCUACUAAAAUAUAUCAACACUGCUUUUAGAUCUCUGAUUUUCUCGAACGAAGAACAGAAACAAACAGUAUUGCAAUGGCUGUCAGAUUAUGGUCCUGUACGUGUAGACGACUUGAGUACAGUAUGGAGGAAUGGUUGGAUUUUGUGCGGCGUUCUCGAUACUGCACUUCCUGGUGCUUGUGCAGGCCACCCUCCUAGUAGCCUCUCAGUGAGGCACGCUCAAUCAAUAGCCGACCACUACCUCGGCGUCGAACCGGUGUUUUCCCGUGAGGAACUUGAGUCAAAUGAUACACUAAGUAAAAAUCAAGAAUGGAGGCUCACUACAUAUUUAGACCACUUACGUCAAGCUUUAUCGAAAAUUACUCCUCCUGUCACAAAACCAAGCUUAGAAAAGACAUAUCCGGAGAACACCCAAUUUACUCUCGAUUAUAUAGCAAGAGGUUCAGGAUUGACUGCUGCCCAAAUAAAUAGACCUAUGUAUUUUAAAAUAUAUCCAACGUCGCAACAAUCUAUAGAUCCUGGAGAAAUAACAAUUACAAUUAAAGGUCCGGAAGAUACAUACGGCAUGAAAGUUGUCCCUCCAUUAUUAGGUAAAGCGCAACUGAUAAGGCAGCAAUUGCUGGAUGUAAGAUCACAAACGAGUUACACAGAAAAUGCACUACCUUUAGCACAUGGCGCCACAUAUUUUCGCAGUUAUGGAAAAAAUGAUAUGACAAAAACAUAUUAUGUACCUAAAACAAAAUAUAAUAUCGAUAUUGACGUGGAAUUGACUACAGAUCACGUAAAGAUAGGCUACAUUGCAAAUUUAAAAGGUAAAUACACGAUCUCCAUUACAAGUAAAGGUCAAAAUAUAAUCGGAUCACCUUUUACAAUAACAUCUUCAAAUAAUAUACUGGGACUACUAGAAAAAGAAAGUUUUUGCCUUGAAGACGGAGAAGAAAUAGAUAUAGUCGAUGUAAAGACAGAUAGAAAGGUUGUUCUACGAAUUGUGGACUUCGUAACGGAAAAAAUGCUACUGAAGGAAAACGGUACUUUGGAAAAAAUCAGCGAGGAAGAAGCUAAGUACCUGAUGGAAAAUGACGUCAAAAUAGAAAACAUACCAAAUCUUAAUACCCGCAACCUAAGUAAUAUCCCUUCCAUAGAAUUUAAUGAAAGUUACAAGAAAUUCAAUAAAUUUAACGAAAUCGCUAAUAAAGUUUUAAAAAUGAAUAACAUUUGUAAAGUGUUCCGCGACUUAAGUAAUGAUAAGGAAAUGGUAUUAAAGAAAGGAGAUGUAAAUUUUCAGACAAUGAAUCAACAAGACAUUCCGGACAUUGUGAAUUCUACACUUAAUGAAAUAAAUGUAAGCUCAUUAAUGUUAACAAAUAAGCAAGAUAAAAUUAUUAUUCCAGAAAAAAUUUCUGUGUCAAUUUUAACUGAAAGAACAGAAUUUAAUGAAACUGACAAUUCCGGAAAUAAUAAUAAUGUCUCAGAUAAAAAAGAUGAAAUAACACAAUUUAAAAUAUUACGUGACACUUCACUGGAAAAAGAUGAUACAUCAAUGCAUGCUGUAUUAUCGCCAAGUAAUCCAUUUCUAACUGAAUCGCAUAAUUUGUCUAAUAAGAAAAGCUUGGGUGAAUGUACAACUUCUAAGAGUGAAUCAAAAGAACAGACAUGUGAUACUUUAAUGAAAAAUGCUGUUGAAGAAUCUGAACCUUUAAUAGAUAGUAACCCUUUCAUUGAUUUUGAUAUUUUAGAAGCUGACCAACCCAAACCUCCAGUAUUUAAAAUUAUUUCAGAGUUUUCAACUUAUCAAGACGAUUCAAUAAAUGUAGAUUCCAUUCCCCACAAUAAUAUGACUAAAAGGAUCGAUAACGACCUUUUAAACCCAUUUCAAUCAAGCAAAAACCAAUUUUCAAGCGAUAUCGAGCAAAAUCAAUUUUCAAGUUUGCCCGUGACUGAUUUUGUUAUAGGUGCGCCUGUUUCCUUGCCUCCAAACAUAAAAUCUGUUUCACAUGAAACAGAUACGGAAACUAUUGGAAAGGUAUACAAUGAAAAUACGAUUAUUCCUUUAGGUGUUCUUAAUCCUACUACGCAACCAAAAAUACAAUCCUACGACGUAAUAAAAAAUAACAGAAAUACAGAGUCUGACCAAACUGAAUGUUCCAGCAUUAAUUCAAAUAUAACUGACGAAAUGAAUGACGGCAAUGCUUCUCCCAAAAAAGAACUGCGAGAUUCUGCAUAUGUAAGUAUAGAUGAAAAUCACACAUCACCAGAUAAUAAUAAUAAUGAGAACAAUACAUCCAAAGAAACACAAAGUAAACAAAAAUGUUUAAACACACAACAUAUCCCUUUAAACAUUGGCCCAGCUGAAAGAGAAUUAUGGGAAAACUGUACAGAAUUAAAAGAAGAUAACUGUAAUAAAAUUCAUGAUGAAACUACAAAACUUAACAAAUGGGAUUUAAAAAAAUUGCAAUUUAUGCCAAUUUUUGAAGAAAUCGAUAAAAAAGUUUCUUCAGACAUGAAGGAAGCAAAAUCUGAAAAGGCUGACACUGAUUCAGUAACAUCAGCCUUUGCCGAAAUAAAUGAAAUGUAUGAUGACUAUUUUCCAAGUUCAGAAAAAAUUAGUUCAACAAACGAAACUAAAAACCAUAACAGCUUGGAAGAUCUAUACGAAACUGAAAACAAGAACGAAUAUGUCAAAUCUGCAUCUGAGAAAGAAUCAGAUGUGAUGAGACAUGGAAAACAAAUAGGGGGAAAGAUUUCUGAGAUUCAGGCACAUGUUACUGAAUCAGUUUCAGUAAGUCAGACCCUUCAUGUCGAUAAAAACGAGGAUAGCGAUGAAUUUUCAAAUCGUGAUGAAGUAAAGUUUAGAGAUAAAACGUACACAAAUAUAGUUCUGGAAAAAAAGAAAUAUUGGGAUGAAAAAAUACGGCUGAUAGAAGCAAAAGAUGAAGAAUCAAGAGCACAGCAAAAGAAAAGGCGUCUUUCUGCAAAACAAUUAAGACAUAAUGAUUCCCUCAGUAAAAGAAGAGGCAAACAAAUUGUAAAAAAAUAUCUCAAUGCUAAUGAAAGUAUUCAAAAUCAAAAUAAAGUGAAUGACAUUCAACAGGUAGAGGUAAUAAAAUAUAAUAGUAAAAUAUCACAAAUUGAUGAAGACUACAAAGGUGAUAAAAAGCGGGUCAAAAAUUGGAAAGCAUUUUGGGAUAACAAACUAGAACGUGAAAAUAAUGAAACUCAGAUAUCUUGCUUUAGAACAAAUUCUCCAAAAACCCGAUCUAGUUCUACAAUUAAAAAUGAUAAUGUUGAUGAAACUGAUAUAGAUUCCAAAACCCAAGCUAAUAAUUCAAAAACUACGUUGCCAGUAAAACAAGAAAUACCAGAAGAAGUGUUCAAAGCGUUUGAAACGAGCCCUAAAAGGUUUUUUGGAACAUCUAGAAAACAAAUUUUAAAUAAAAUUGACACUUUUUUAGGAAAACCAAAUGCCGUAGAAGAACCUUUGAUUGACAAUACUAAAGAAACUUAUGAAAGUGGUUUGGUAUCCAGUCGAAUUUCUUUGUUUCAUAACAUAUCUCAAAAAGAAGAGAUACCUCUUCCUUGGACACAAAGAAAAAGUCAGUCGUCGCUUAACAUAAAUCCCCAAAAUGAUAAUUUAAGUGAAAAUUAUAAUAACACUAUUUUAAACAACUCAACAAGAUACGGUAAAGAAAAAUCUGAAAGUGUUAAUCAUUCACCAUCCUUACAUGAACAAACAAUAAAUAAUGAAAAUCCCUUACCAGAGGCAGUUAAAAGUGUUUCAUUGAAUGAAAAACGAUCUCGAAUAACUAAUCAAUUGUACACUAAGAGCACUGACGAAACUAGUUACCACAGAUUUGAAAAUGAUUUCCCACAUCAAGAUUCUUAUGUUCAAAAAACUGUUAAGUUUAUAAAUACACAGCAGCCAGACCAGGCAAUUAAUAAUUCUAAUAACGUUUACAACCUAUCAAACAGUAAAUCAGAAAUGGAUAUAUUCAAUAAAUUUGCAAAUAGGUCGCACGAUGAAGACUUCGAUAAAUACAAGUCGUAUGAUGAAUUACCAAAAAUUAAUGUCAAAAGCUUUAUAUCGCUAUAUGAAGACGUCUCGAAGAGUUCAGAGACAAAACCCAUGAGAAAAUCUAAUAACACAAGUCUUGAAGGUUCUGUGAAUCCGUUCAAACCUACGAGUUCAAUUUUUGGAACUCCUGAUAAAAAGAAACCCUUCGAAAAUAAUGUAAGCUUAAAAAAACAAAACAGUACAACGGUAGAUGAGACAAAUACUCAUCAAAGUGAAUUAACGGGUAAAGUAAAUUUACAAGGCUCUUCAUUUAAUAGUGCAGAAAAUUUAAAAACAAAGGACGAUUCAUUUGAAAGCGAAAAUAUUUCUACUAACGAUUUCGAAAAAGAAAAUACAUAUAUAAGCCUGUCAGAUAUUGAAUUAGAAAUAGUAGAUAAUCUUUCAGAAAGAUCUGUUGAAAUGUCACCAGAAAGGGAUGUUGAUAUUGCUCCAGCCGACUAUAAAUCUCGGUUCAAAAUGGCAAAAGAAUACUUUCAGUCCCUGGAGGAACUCAGGGUAACAAAGAAACCAAACAAGUUAAACGAAUGCGAACUGUUAUUGUACAAUAAGUCAACAGAAUCUCUCACAGAAAACAAACAAAUUAAACAGCCUAAAAAGAAAUCUAAAUCACAUACGAUGCCAUCAUCACAAAUCUCUGAAUAUUUCAAUCAGUUACAAGAACAACAGAAUGAAAAUAAAGACCACAAACCUAUAAAGAUAUCAGAAAAAUUUCACGUUGAAGAUUUAUUCACUGACGUAAUGGAAGGUAGAUUUAGCAGACAAGGUAGUUUGAGAGGUAUUCCUCAUAAAAAAGCCGUCUUAGAAGCAUUUAGAUCAAUGGAAAAUAUUUCGAAUCACACAUUAAGCCCAUACGAGUUUGCUGUGACUCAGUUAAAUGAUUUUACAGUAGAAAAUAAAAUGAAAAAUGCUCAGACAUACCUUAGUGAGUACCCAUACUUGCCAACAACCAAUCCGUCCGAGUAUCACUCGAGAUUAGAUGCUAAAGCUUCGGGUUUAAUAUCAUUUAAAGAGCUUCUAUCCAAGAAGGUACGAAGGAACAGUGUGCCAGAUUUAAGAUUAAAUCCAUCAUUUGCCGUCGACUUAUAA